UAGUUCGGUUGCACUCGCAUCAGGCCUGUGGCGGUGUGUGGCGGUGCCACCGGUGCAUCCGGAGCCCAGUGCGUUUCCCCGGCGGUGCGCAACAAUGCGGCGCUGGAGAUAAAACUUCACCAGCGAUGUCAGAGCCCGGAGCUUUCGCGCAACUUUAACCCGAGAAGAUGUCAGAUGUCACCAAGACCGUCCAGAAAUGGCACGCGAGUUUUAAAAAGGGCACGGACUUUGAUUCGUGGGGGCAGCUGGUGGAAGCCAUCGAUGAAUAUCAAAUACUCGCAAGGCAGCUUCAGAAAGAAGUGCAGUCGUCAAACUCGCAUGAUUUUACAGAGGAACAGAAGAAAACCCUGGGAAAGUUUGCAACAUGCCUUGAAAUGCGAAGUGCAGCCUUACAGUGCACACAAUCUCAAGAGGAUUUCAAGUUGGAAGACCUGAAAAAACUGGAGCCCAUUAUAAAGAACAUUCUGACUUACAACAAAGAUUUCCCUUUUGAUGUCCAACCAGUGCCUUUGAGGAAGAUUCUUGCACCAGGUGAGGAGGAAAACCUUGAGCUUGAGGAGGAGCUGGAUGCCGGGACCGGAGCAGGUUCAACACCAUCAUUUCCUUCAAGGGUCCCAGGUACGCUGUUGCCACGGUUACCCUCGGAGCCUGGAAUGACUUUGCUGACGCUGACGAUAGAGAAGAUCGGUCUGAAAGACGCAGGACAGUGCAUUGACCCCUACAUCACAGUCAGUGUUAAAGAUCUGAACGGUAUAGACUUGAACCCAGUUCAGGACACGCCAGUGGCUACGCGGAAGGAGGACACGUAUAUUCAUUUUAGCGUGGAUGUGGAAAUUCAGAAACAUGUAGAAAAACUACCAAAAGGUGCAGCUAUUUUCUUCGAAUUCAAACACUACAAACCCAAGAAAAGAUUCACUAGCACUAAGUGUUUUGCUUUCAUGGAAAUGGAUGAAAUCAAACCAGGUCCCAUUGUUAUAGAACUGUACAAGAAACCGACUGACUUCAAGAGGAAAAAACUCAACCUCCUGACGAAGAAACCACUUUACCUGCACCUUAACCAGACUUUGCACAAAGACUAAACAAAGAUCCUACAGCCAAACACUUUGGGGAACAGUAGAGGUUAUAUUUCUCGGAUACGUUUGGUGCAUCACCUCUCACAUUCCUUGCAAUAUCGGACACUUUUCUUCAUAUCUCCAGUCUGAAGUUUGGGACGCAGCCUGAUGUCUCUACGGUGCUUCAUCUGAGAGAGAGACGAGCGGUUGAAAUGGAAACUGUUUGAAAAACUGAAUUGUGUACAAAUGCUUUUGUGUGAUGGAAACAGAUGGAUAUAACUUGGAUAUAACAUAACUCCCCAUUGGUUUUAUAUUUUUAUUGCAUUAAAGAAACAGCUCGCCCUCAUCUUCCAAACCUGUAUGCUGUUAUUAUAAGAAAGUCUCUUUUUCGUGCAAUCCCAGUUUAUAAUCUACAAAGACUGAAACAAAAGACAACCCUCAUAGCACACGUACAUCUCAGAGACGUCUAUUUGACGUCUGCAAGAUGUAUAUCUGCAAUGCGUCUAUAGGACGUUUCCAAUCAGAUGUCAAAUAGACAUCUAUUAGAUGUCUUUAAGAUGUUUAUGAUUUAGGAUGUAUGUAAAACACAUCUUACAGAUGUUUGUACACAGCAGAUGCUUUCCAGAUCAAGAGAUCUUUAACAGACAUCUUGCAGACGUACGUGUACUAUCUGGGAUAGCACCAUUUGCACCAAAAAAAGUCUUUCUGAGGCCAUACAAAAUAUUAAACUGUUAUUCAGUGAAAAUCUCGAAUAUUUCGAACCAUUUCUAAUGCGAUUCAGCAGCUUUUUGAUUCUUAAAACCGACUGAAUCUGAACAUAUAACUAAUAUAACUUUGAUUUUUGCAUAUGCAGUACUGUGGGAAAAACGGCAUACAAAUUUGGGAUUAUGUGAGGGUGAGUAAAUAAUGACAGAAAGAUAACUUUUGGAUAUACUAUUCCUUUAUAAAUGUUGUUUAACAGACAAGUUUAUUGCUUUUAUUGAAUAUCUGCAUCGCUUGCUAAUGCUACAUACAGUGGAGCUCAUGAAAACACUAAAAAACAACACUAAACGUCUCAAAUAUCUAAAUAUGUUGUUUUUGAGAUUUAUUUAGAUGUUUAUCAACUAUUUUUUUCCACAGCAGUGUUGGGUAGCUGCGUAUCAGCUAGCUAAUUUAGCAUAACAAGGCCUUCUUUCUUUAAAAUCUUUUUAUGGCUCAUUAAUAUCACUGAAAAUCUAUGACCUUGUAUUCUUUAAUAUUUUAGAUAUUUUAAUUAAGUAUGAAUCAGAAAGCCAGUAAAUAUGAUCUUGACCAUGUGAAAGGAGAAACUGGAGCAGUUUGAGCAUCAGCAUGUCAGUUUUGUAAUUCGCUCCACACUUCGCUCUUUGAUUAAUAGUUCAGUCUGGUUAUUUUGUGAUAGUUACUACAGGAUUAAUUUCUCAAAUAGUUUAAACCAAGUUUACCAAAAAAAAAAAAAUUUCUGAUGAAGUUUGGCUAGCGCUGUUUGGAGACUAGCCUAACCUUUACUGCUUCAUUACGGUUUUAUUGUCACAGGAGGUUUACAAAUUAGGAAAUAACUAAUGGAGAUGUUUUCCUGCAUCGGGUUGUUUAAUUUUAUGUCAGUUUUGGAGUCUCAGAAUCAACUAAAUGGUUAAAAGUAUUGCAUUUCUGUGAAGACUUUAUACAUCAUGUUGUUUAAUGGACGUUGCCUAUCAUGGCGUGUAUUAUUACACAGCUUUUUCGAAUGUCUCAUUUCUAAUAAAUGACGAUGCUGCUUGAAUCAUGAAUAUUUUAUAAACACACUUCAGCCUGAAAUAUCAGACUGACCUCAAGGAAACACGAUAACUGUAAUGGCUAACUAAUAAAGUUCAAUCUUCAACCAGUUA